CGCGGGAGCCAGAGGGUCGCGGGCGGGGAUGGGGGAAAGACGCACGCUCGCGGGCUCCCAGCAACCCCGUUCUCCCUCUGCCCUAGGGUCUUCUCCCCUCCGGAUUCGGAGUCCUGGGUCCUGCUUGGCCCAACUCUCGCCGCUGGGGGUGAAGGGGGCGAGGACGCCGCGACCUGGGUUUGGGACGGACGUCUCCCGGGCGACGGGCUCCGCACAAGAUGGCGGACGACAAAGAAAAGGAAGGCAAAGAGCUAGAAGUAGCAGAAUUGCACAGAAAAAUCAAAGAGGCUUUUGAAGUGUUUGAUCAUGAGGCGAAUGAUGCAGUGGAUGUGAGAGAGAUUGGAACUAUCGUCCGGUCACUGGGAUGCUGCCCCAGCGAGGGAGAGCUGCACGAGCUGAUCGCGGAGGUCGAGGAAGAAGAACCCACUGGAUAUAUUCGAUAUGAAAAAUUUCUUCCAGUGAUGACUAAUAUACUGUUGGAAAAAAGAUUCAGACCAAUUCCAGAAGAUACCCUUCUUCAAGCUUUUGAGGUAUUAGAUCCAGCUAAACGUGGGUAUCUCUCUAAGGAAGAACUGAUCAAGUAUAUGACUGAAGAAGGUGAGCCCUUUUCUCAGGAGGAAAUGGAAGAAAUGUUGUCUGCUGCAAUUCACCCAGAAUCGAAUUCCAUUUAUUACAAGGACUAUCUAACAAUGAUGGUGGUAGACGAAAAUUAAACACUGUGAAGACUUAGUUUCUAACAGAAAGGGUCAUUUUGAACAUUGCUUGUCCUUGUGAAUUUCACAUUUUACCUUCCAGUUCCUACAUAUGCUAAUUAAUGCCUCAUGACAACUAUUUCAAGAUAUUUUGUUUUUUAGAAGAUGAUCAUAACAAUUUAAAACAAGUUUAUUUGAUGUGUCUUGCCUUGUGAAAUGACAAAUUACUAAUUAUUUUAAUACUGUUCUUAAUACUGUUUAACAUUAUUCAUGGAUUUUUGUUAAUUUACCGUAAUAAACUUAGGUUACCUUCAAAUGAAUUAAGCUGACAAAAUGAAAAAUGACUAGAACGACCCCAGGCCUGGCAGAUAAAUAUCUUGGGAGGGAGCAGAGUUGAAAAGGAAAAGCAAUGUGAUGAAAGCUUCUUUUUAAAACAACAUCAGCCCUGGUUGGGUUGCUCAUUUGCUUAGAGCAUCAUCCUGAUACACCAAGGUUGCAGGUUCCAUCAGUGGUCAGGGCACAUUCAAGAAGCAACCAAUGAAUGCAUGAAUAAGUGGAACUACAGAUAGAUGUUUCUGUCUCUCUCUCUGAAGUCAAUAAAUAAAAAUUUAAAAGUAUUAUUUAAGAACGAAAACAACAUUAAACAAUUCAGCAA